AUGACGAGCAGCCUCCUCAACUUCCCCACCGAUCUGAACACUUAUGCGACGGAGCUACUGAAGCAAGGACAUACCGAUGCAGGCAUCGAAGGCAUCCACUCGGCCCUUGCUUCUUUGCAAGCACGUUGCCCCCUCUUUCUCCAACAGAGCGCUUAUGAACACCCAUUUCAGCAUCUGCAACAGCCAAUGUCCCAAAAGGUUCCUACCAGGGAUAUCCAGUCCAUGGCAUACUACAGCGUCCCGAUUGCUUCUGAGCUUGCCAGCCCAACAGGCGGAUCAAUACUGUCAGACAACCUGUUCACGCUGUAUCCCAGAGCUUUUGCCAUAAGAAGAAGCCACUCCUGCCAGUUUGGCCCCUCCAAGACCUUCCUUGUACUCUUGUACAAUCUGGCCGUCGCAGUUCAUGUCAAGGCACUUAACUUUUUGGAGACUCACCCUGAAACAGACCCAAGACCUCUGCUUGCGGUAGUGGUUCAACUUUACGAGAAUGUGACGAUUGUGGGGCAAGAAAAUCUGGUGGAAGCUCAUGACUUUCAAGAGAUGCUCUGCCUUCUCAUUGCCACUGCAAACAACAUGGGCCACUGCUAUGAUGCUCUGAAUGAGUUCCCAAAGUUCCGAGAAAGCAUGUCCCUAACACUUGAUCUGUUAUCUCUAUCUUCCGACGAGCUUUAUCCCAUUUCGAACGAGGACAUGGAUGUCUUCCUCUCCAGCACUCUUAUCUUUCUUGAGUCACCUGGAAGGGAUCUUUGCAACGCACCUGCAGCCUAG